AUGGCCAUUUCUAGCCGCUGCGUCCAGGGCAGUUUGGCGAAAGCUUUCUCCUGGGGCGGCAUUAACAUCAGCGUUUGCUUGUAUCAAUGCGUCCAUGAUCUCAAGAUGGCACCCAUUGGCUGCGGCUUGGAGGGCAGUCCUGCCAAAAGUAUUCCCUGGGGCCGCAUUAAAAUCUGCGCCUUUCCGUAUCAAUACGUUCACCACCUGAAGAUGACCUGCUUCAGCUGCUGCUUGGACAGCCGUUCGGCCAAAUUCCCGGGUCACAGCUGCAUUGACAGUAGCAUUUGCCUGUAUCAGGGCCUUCACAACCUCGAGAUGGCCUCCUUAGGCGAACUAUGA